AAUCUCUUAUUUGUUUCCCUUUUAGAUUCGUAUAUUGAAAUCUGAGGGGUCAAUCUUCUGGGUUUUUAAUUUUCAUGUUCUGUUUCGUUUUAGGGUUGGGGUCAAUGUACAACCCAUAUUUGUAAUGUUCAAGUAUUUGUAAUGUUUUUUUUGUUCUUUUGCAGAUGAAUAUCCUACGUGGUUCUUCUUCAGGGCCAGCUAAGAGGAGCCGUCAAACUUGUCUUCCUCCUGGAUUGAACAGGCCUGCUACGUCCGCUUCUCUUCCUCCUGGAGCGACCAGGCCGGCUUCGUCUGCGUCUCGACAUCCACUUCCAAGCUUAGCUGCUGUGAUGAGUGCACCAGAGAGACGUAACAUGCCUCUUCUCCAUCCACAAAGGCCCAAUGGAACUUUAUGGUUUGGGAUAUACGAUUGCAUCCGGAAAGAUGUAGUGUCAACAUAUCAGUCAAAAUUUUGGGGACCAUGGUGGACCUACAGAAUGGUGCCAGAUGAGAAGAAGGUCGCUUGGUGGACUAGUUUUCUGGUAGCUUCUCUAGAUUUACUUUGUUUAUUGGUUGAUAUAGUUGUAUAA